AUGUCGGAAGAAGCAGAUCCAAAUAAGGAGUCCAGUGGUAAGCAGGCGCUCGAGAGUGAUGAAAACUGCGCCAAUUUCUUGCUCGGAGCUGCAGGGGAAGAGACAACGGCCGAGAACACCAACGAAGAAAUCGAGUUAGAUGAGGAUUUUCUCUUGAAGAUCGCCAAACAGCUUGUGAGUGACGAUCAGAAUGUCGGGAACAACCUCGCAUCCAUCGGUGUCAGCGUUGAGGAGGAGGCAAUGGAAAUUGGCAAAGGACAGCUACAAGAUCCUGAUGGAACGCAAGCUCCCAUUCCUGAAGCAACAGGGCACCAGACCUCUCAGAGACAGGGCCCUCCUGAGACAAUUCUUCGGAGGGGAGAACCAGCCAUGGCUGUGGACACACAAGACCAGCCCGGAGCAUACCCAGUCUACCACGACAUACAUGUAGAAACCCCACACCGCGACAAUCAUGAACAAAACGAGCGGUCAUGGGCCGAGGAUACGUCGCUUGCGCCACCUCUAUCUCAAGGAACCGGCAUGGAAGGUCCAACAGGGAUUAAUCCUUCUGGCGACAUGGUCGUUGGUCAACCUCCUUUGCAAGGAUUUGUGGUCGCGCCGGCAAGAUCUGGUCACAACGAGCGUGAUGUAGCUGCAUUAGAGGAGGGUCGGCAGGUUGACGCCAGACCUGGGGAAGCACAGCAAGCACCCCGUUUCCAACCCCCUUUGAUUGAAGGCAUAGUAGAACCAACCCAACCAUUUGGCUGGAAAAAAGCCAUCAUGGCCGCGUGUAGCUUGAGUAUGGUGGUUGUCAUUGUGGUUUUGGCUUUGGGUUUGGCAGGUACAUUUGAUUCCAAACAGGAGAUCCCGGUGGAGAUGGCACCCUCCUCGGACAAACUGGAGCAAUCGGUUCUCCAAAGAGUGAAAGAACGUGGCUAUCUAAAAUGUGCCAUUCGAUAUUUCCAUGACUCUUUGAAGGGCUUUGAUAUGGAUGUGUGCAAGGCAAUUGCCGGAGCCAUUCUAGGUGAUUCAGCCCAGGUGAAGCAUGAGGGCGCUGCUUCUAACGACACAGUGUUUCUACAAGUCAGCAAUGGAACAUUUGACAUGAUGGUCAGAGGCAUUACACACAAUAUGCAACGACAAGUGGCGGGGCCAACAGGCGGAAUCGGGCUUUCAUUUUCACGGCCUUAUUUCUAUGAUUGUAUGAGGUUAGCAGGGGAUCCUUUCUAUCUCAAGUGCGCAGAAGAUGGGUUUCAGCAUCUUAGAAACUGUAGUGAUAUCAGGAUCUGUGUCUGGAGAGACACAUCACAUUCAAGAUUUCUGGAAAAAAAUAUUCCUAACAAGUUCAUUGUUCCAAAGGAAGGCAUGAAAGCUAUUCGCGCUGGCCUAGCUGACGGUGGCUGCAAUAUUGCUGCAUUUGAAGGCAUUUCCAUUCUUGAGAAGUAUGCCCGUGAUGCUGGAUAUGUAGGUGACUAUGAGAUUGGCACUCAAUGCUUUUCAAAGGAGCCCCUUGGCGCGGUGAUGGGACAAAGUGAUCAAGAAUUCACUGCUUUUGUCAACAGUGUCCUACAAGCAUUAUUUGCAGCUGAACAGCACAACAUCACACAAGCAGAAUCUGACAUGAUGCCUCAGACUAGUGUGUUUGGGGAGGAGUAUGAGGAAAUGUUUCGUCGCGCUAUUCGGGCUUCGGGCAACUUUGGUGAGAUCUAUGAACGACACUUUGUUUCGACCCCUCCCCGUGGCAGUCUGAGUUCCAUCAACAAUGGUGCCUUUGGUGAGAUCCACGAACCACACUUUGCUUCGACCCUUCCCCGGGGCAGUCUGAAUUCCAUCAACAAUGGUGCGUCUGGCUUGCUCUAUUCACAUCCCUUUGGCAUCAUAGACUAUCAAAGGGAUGAAAGUGAUUUUGGAACCACAAUGGCUGCUAUCCUUGACAGGGGCGUGGUGCACUGUGGAGUGAGGUAUUCUCGUCCAGGAUUUGCAACAACGACGAAGGAGAAGAAUGCACCACUGGGGGUGGAUGUGGACUAUUGCCGUGCCAUUGCAGCUGGCUUGUUCAGUGGUCCAAAUCGCGUUGUACUUGUUGAGUUGACUAAUUCCACUGAUGCCUUUGCCAAGCUUGCCAGUGGUGAGGUGGAUGUUGUUGCUGGUGCCACAUGGAAACUGGAAAACUUUCGGGACCCUAAGACAGGAGUUGUGUACUCCUUUUCCAAACCAUACUUUUAUGGGUCAGGUGGUGAUGGGGAAGAAGAAAACUGCUGCCUUGCUACCGCUAGCGAUGACCAUGAUUGGUCCUCCUUUGUUUACUGGAUUGUGGAGGCGAUCACAUUUGCAGAAGAAGAAGGCAUUAACAGUACAACAUCAAUCCAAAUGCCAGAGGUCCUCCUCUAUGGACCCUCAAUGAAGCGAAUCUUCCGCGAUGCCAUUCUUGCAGUAGGCAGUUAUGCAGAGAUAUAUGAGAGGAACCUUCAGACCUUGAUCCCCCGAGCUGGACGAAACGUGUUGAAUCCAGGCUUGAAUGGACCUCAGCACUAUGUGCUCCCUGGAAUAAUAUGA